UCCACAUCCAAUAGAACCCAGCCAAACAUGGGUUCGCACGGCUACGGUGAUCGCGGCGGCGCGCAGGCGUACGCAAAGCUCCCAGAGUACCCCCAGCUCAAUAACGAGGCCAGGUACAAGCACUUGAACUCUACGCGUGGGCGUCUCGACCAGUUCGUCGGCGGACACUUCGCCGAAGUCAACCUCUCGGCGCUCCACUUCCACGCGCGCCUCGACGACGAGAAACACGUCAAGCUCGAGGUCUGGUCCGCGCCGGGCCUCACCAAGCCGACGUUCGAGGAGGCCAAGCGCGCCCAGUACAAGCCUGCCAAGAAGGGCGAGUCGUUCGGCCCGUCCUGGACCAACCACUGGUUCAAGGUCACCAUCCACAUCCCAAAGGAGUUUGAGAAGUAUGAGCGCGUGCAGUUCGAGUUCGACUGCUCGGGCGAAGCAAUGGUCUGGGACACUAAGGGCAACCCGUACCACGGCCUCACUGGUGGCUUCGGAGUUGACCGCCGCGUCGAGUUCAUCAUCCCCGAGGAGCACCGGAAGGCUGGCGUGGGCCACUAUUAUGUCGAGGCAAGCUGCAACGGCAUGUUCGGCCAGAAUGGCGAGAACCCUCCUGACCCGAACCGGUACUACCGCCUGAACAGCGCCGACCUUGUCGUGCCGAACCAGGACGCGUGGCGCCUGAUGUACGACCACGACGCGCUGAGGCAGGUCUUCCAGCAGCUCCCUGGUGACUCGUCGCUUGGCAACCGCGCGAAGUGGUCCGCCAACGAGAUCAUGAACGUCUUCCGUCAGGGUGACCUGACCAGUGUCCCCGAGGCCCGCAAGGCCGCCGAGAAGGUCUUCGGUGCCGACUGGGAGAAGGAGAUCCAGAAGGAGAGCGAGAGCGCCGAGAAGCAGCAGGGCACCCUCUGGGGCAUUGGUCACUGCCACAUUGACACGGCCUGGCUCUGGCCCUUCUCCGUCACUCAGCAAAAGUCGGCUCGCUCCUGGUCGACGCAGUGUGACCUGAUCGACCGCUACCCCGAGCACCGCUUCUCCGCUACCCAGGCGCAGCAGUUCAAGUGGACGGAGCAGCUCUACCCGUCGCUAUUUGAGCGCAUUCGCACCAAGGUCUCCGAGGGCACUUUCCAGCCGCUUGGCUGCACCUGGGUGGAGAUGGACACCAACAUGCCCAGCGGCGAAGCGCUUACUCGCCAGUUCCUGUACGGCCAGAGGUUCUACGAGAGCCGCUUCGGCUUCCGCUCAAAGACCUUUGUCCUCCCAGACACCUUUGGGUACGCUUCGCAGCUGCCGCAGAUCUCGCGCCUCUCGGGUGCCUCCAACUUCUUCACCCAGAAGCUGUCGUGGAACGCUGACAACGCGUUCCCACACACCACCUUCAACUGGGUUGGCCUUGACGGGUCGCAGGUGUUGACUCACAUGACCCCGGUCAACAACUACAAUAGCCAGUGUAACAUUGACGACAUUCGUCGUGGUACGACCAACAACAAGAACCUCGAGGUCACCUCGCAUGCCCUGCUGCUCUUUGGCAACGGUGACGGCGGUGGCGGCCCUACUCCUCCCAUGCUUGAGAAGCUUCGUCGUGCGCGCGCGCUUGGAAAGCAGCAUGAUGCCGGAGGCCAGCUUCCCCUCGUCAAGAUGGGCGGCAGCUUCGAGGAGUUCUACGACGCGGUCCGGAAGGAGACGAACAAUGGCAACCUCCUGCCCAUCUGGCGCGGAGAGCUCUACUUCGAGCUCCACCGUGCGACCUACACGUCUCACGGCUCGAUUAAGAAGGGUAACCGUAAGAGCGAGAUCCUCCUUCGCGAGGCCGAGUACGCGGCGACCCUCGCCAGCAUCUACGACCCCAAGUACAAGUUCCCCAAGGACCGCAUCGACGCCGCGUGGGAGGAUGUGCUCUUGUGCCAAUUCCACGAUGUGCUCCCCGGCAGUUCCAUUGCCAUGGUGUACGUUGACGCCGAGGCCAAGUACGCCAAGAUCCAGAAGGAGAUCACCAAGGUGAUCAACGAGGCGUACGAAGUGCUGUACAAGGGUACUCGUCCGCUCGAGCCCAACGAGACGGUUCCUGGCAAGGCGUCUCUCGUGGCCAUCAACACGAUUCCUGGCUACCCUCGCCAGGAAGUGGUCAAGGUGCCUCUGUCUGCACACAGCAGCGUCCGUGCCCACUCGGCCCAGGUCUCCAAGGACGGCCACGGCUACGUCCUUGUCGAGUCCACUGCCGAUAGCGCCAUGUGCGUUCCCAAGGGCCUGUACGCGGACAUCAAGCCCGUCAGCGUUAAGAAGCUGGGCUCCGACUCGUUCACCAUCUCCAAUGCUUCGCUCACCAUCAAGAUUGCCGACGGCAGGAUCACGAGCAUCGUUGACACUGCUGCCGAGAAGGAGCUUCUCUUCGAGGGCCAGACUGCUGGCUUCGUCAUCUUUGAAGACCACCCCAACUACUGGGACGCCUGGGAUGUCGACGCGUUCCACCUUGAGAAGCCGCAUCACCUUAAAUUCUCGUCUGUCAGCAUCAAGGAGAACGGCCCGCUUCGUGGUAGCGUCUUCGCUACGGUUAAGUACGGCAAGAGCACAAUCGAGGUCGAGAUCUCCCUCGACGCUGUUCCCGCCAGCCUCAAGGCGGAUGCUCGUAGCUUGAUCCGCUUCGAUGCCAAGGCCGACUGGCACGAGAAGCACAUGUUCUUGAAGUUCGAGCUUCCCCUCGACAUCCACUCGGACGUCGCGACCUACGACACGCAGUUCGGUUCGCUUACGCGCCCCACGCACCGCAACACGAGCUGGGAUGCUGCCAAGUUCGAGGUCUGCGGCCACAAGUUCGCCGAUCUGUCGGAGUACGGCUACGGCGUUGCGCUCAUCAACGACUGCAAGUACGGCUAUGGCACCGAAGGCUCGGUUGUCCGCCUCUCGCUUCUGCGUGGCCCGACGAUGCCUGACCCAGAGACGGACAUGGGCCACCACACGUUCUCGUUUGCCAUCUACCCGCACUUGGGUACAUACACCGAGUCUGACGUGACCGCUGUGGCGAUUGCAUUCAACGCCCCUCCCCGCGUCCGCCUGGGUACGGCGACCAGCGCCGUUGCGGCUGUCAGCCCGCCGUUCUCGGUCACUGGCGCGCCCAACGUGUUCCUCGAGACGGUCAAGCGCGGCGAGGACGACGUGCACUCGGCUGGCAAGGAGCAGACUGUGAUCCUUCGCCUGUGGGAGCAGUUUGGUGGCCACGCCAAGGCCAAGCUCAACAUCUCGGGUCUCUCGGUCGCAAAGGCAGAGAUUGUCAACAUUCUCGAAGACCACGUGAGCGAUGCCUCCAUUUCGGUCAACGCCGCCGAGGACAAGACGUCGAUUGUGAUCCCCUUCCGCGGGUUCGAAAUCAAGACUGUGCGCCUGACGCUCGCGCCGGGUGCAACGGUCAAGACGCGCCGUUCGCCGAGCGAGGGCUGGAUCAAGCUCUAGGCGGCGGUGGGGCGAAGGGGUUGUAAACACAAAGAAGGAAGUCUUGUAAGAAGGAAUGCAAAUGUGCUUGAGAGCG